UUUUACUGGCGCUACUGGAGUUGAAGGGCGCAGCGCGGCGGAGCAGCUCUCAGUGUCGGUGUGGCUAUAUUUCACCGAAAAUGCUCAAAUUCUUGCCAAAAUUAUUGCUGCUGGUGCUACUAGCAUUCCCGGCAACAAUUUUCGUGAAAGGCCCAUUAGUGGCUGCACAGGAUGUUACAGAGGAAGAAGAGGCAGCCGAUGAAGAUUCGACCGAUGACGUGAUUGCAGAGGAUGAGGAUGAUGAAGCAGAGGUGGAAGAUGAUGACAACACAGAAUUAACUGAAGAAAAAGAUGAAGAGGAGGAAGAAACACUAGCGGGGGAGGUGAAGCCUUCCCCUAAUGCUGAUACAACCAUUCUUUUUGUCAAAGGAGAGGACUUUCCAGCCAACAACAUUGUGAAAUUUCUGCUGGGUUUCACCAACAAAGGCAGUGAAAAUUUUGUGGUUGAGUCUUUGGAUGCUUCAUUCCGCUACCCUCAGGACUUCCAGUUUUACAUCCAGAACUUCACCGCUCUGCAGCUGGGCACAGUGGUCCCUCCUCAGCGCCAGGCCACAUUCGAGUACUCCUUUAUCCCUGCUGAACCCAUGGGUGGUCGCCCCUUUGGCUUGGUCAUUAACCUCAACUACAAAGACAGCAAUGGUAAUGUUUUCCAAGAUGCAGUAUUUAACCAGACUGUCACCAUCACUGAGAAGGAAGAUGGGCUGGAUGGAGAAACGAUUUUCAUGUAUGUGUUCCUCUCUGGACUUGGACUGCUGGUUGUUGUUGGCUUGCAUCAGCUAUUGGAAUCCAGGAAGAGGAGACGACCUGUGGCCAAAGUGGAGAUGGGCACCUCCAACCAUAACGAUGUGGACAUGAGUUGGAUUCCACAGGAGACACUCAAUCAGAUCAUGCAGAGUCGGCGAGAUAAGGCUUCCCCCAGAAGAUCACCUCGCAAGAGGACGCAGAAGCGUUCAGCUGGAUCAGAUGAGUGAAAAGGGUGUAACACUGCAGCGGUACGCUGUUCUGAGCUCAGUCGGCUGGAGGCCAGCAGCCCUGUCCAUAGUGCAGCACUCUUAGAGACUGGUCCACACAUGCAUACAUCCUAACUACUUAACAAUACGAUCACAUUAAAAGAAAAAACGGUCAAAAAUCAACAAAGGAGAGUAAAAAUGUAAAACUACUCCACUUAAUGUAACAAUUUUUUUUAAUUUUUUUUUUCUUUUGAGUGGAGAUGUUAAUUUUGUUGACUGGCUAAAUGAAGCUUUUUGGGUUUGUUUUUUUGUUUGUUUUUUUUAUUUUAUUUUUCCUUUUCAUCUUUGUAGCCUGUGGAUAGGUUCAGAGGCGUAAUCAUGCAGAUAUUUUCCUGUUCUAGAAAGCCAUGCCUCUGAACACACUGUAAUUUUUUUUUUUCUUUUUGGCACUGAUUCUCUUCAUACCCACACUCACAUGCGUUGCUGGGUUUUACCUCAGCAGUGGUUGAUGGCCAACUCUAAUUCUGCCACAUUUUGAAAUGCACUGUGGUAUAUUAUGUUUGGUGUUUUUUUGUUUUUUUUUUUGCCAUUUUAUUCUGCAGUUUUGCUGAUGGAGGAUUGCUGACUGUAUCACAUUGUCAUAAUGGACUCAAUUGCUCUCAAUGUGCCUGUUUUCAUCUUUCUUUAUUUCACUUCUCAUAAUAUCGCCGGAUUCAUUUUACAAGUGUGUUUUUUCAGGGUUUUAAAAUCUCAUAAUUUGCAGAAGCACUGGUGUACAUACUGGGUAGUGCAGGGGAGGGGGGGAAAUCUACAGUUAAUUUAUUUCUUGUUAAUGCCAGGCCUAUGAUUUUUAUACUGUAUCUUAUGGCAUGAAUUUGGAUGCCCAUGUCUAGUACUUGUGUGCUGUAAAAGCGUAGUACACUACUGUACCCAAAUGGGCCCUCGUCUUUAAGAUACUGUGGGCUUUGCCAGUCCAUGGUAAAUCAGCACUCAAUGCUUUGUACUUAGUUGUACAUGCUUUUUAGUAGGUGUAUUUGAUUUAUUGACUGACAACUUUCCUACUGAUGUUUUUAGGGUUGACUGAUGUCUUUAUGAAUCAUUUAAUUAUGAAAAAAGCUGUCAACUCAUGAGUGGAUUGCUUUAUGCUUGAGCUGAAAUCAGAUGUCAGAUGUCUCUUCCUUGUCAUGGCUUUCUCUCAUUGGGCUGUUUAAUCUGCUCAACUACUUUGCAAAGACUCCAAAAGGCUGCUGUUCCCAGUAUUUUUUUUGUUGGAACAAAAUGAGUGGAAUUAACAGAUCUUGCCACUUAAGCAGGUGUUAAAACUGAAAAAUAUUGAAGUUGUCGGUUUGCCUGGAAAAGUAAAAAGAAAAUAAAGGUAGAAAAGAACUUGCA